CCGGGCUGCACGCUGCACCGCACCAAGGUCAGCCGCCGCACGCAUGCGCGUCCUCCCCCCUCUACCUGCCACCUUAUCGGAACUGGGAACCUGCACCCGUGCCACUUAUGCGUUCCUGUGACUUGCACUCCAAAUAAUGUCCGCAACGUCGCUCGGAUGCUUCGUACUUGAAGGAACUUUUUAAGUGUCGUCAAUGACUUCAUUAGUCUCUUUAGAAAGACUGUCUGCGUUUCUGUUUUAAAAAUCUUUUUGUAUUUCGUCUGUGUUAAAACUAAAAUUUUGAUUUUGUCUCCUAAUUUAAUGAGUGUUGUUUGAGGUGUCAUUCUACUCCUCUACUAAUCGUCAGCUUAUAUAGAACAUUUAAAAGCAUGUACUAUCGUUUUCCUAGUUCCUUUAAAAUAUAAUUUCACCUAAAAUAUCAGUCAUGCCUGUCAAGUAACUGCUAAUGACUUCAGCUACAGACUUCACAGUUCACAUGCGCUUAAGGCUUGACUUGUUUAUUCCGCUUCCGCAAGCCGAUCAGGGUUCAGGGCUCUACAACUAAAGUGUUCGCCUAUUCUUGGCGAGAUCACCGGCGCUAGACGUGUAUCUUGAAUGUAAGAUAAAUAAACAUAAGUAUAUAGUGUGGUGGAGAUAACACGUGCCACUCGCGCCUCGCUCCUAGCGUAACGCGGUCAAAUACUGAACGAUCUCGCAGCUCUGCCGUAAACAUGGAGAAAUCCUAUUAUGAAGAUUAGUACUCGUGACGUAAGAGCUAUACUUAAUUUACAAGUUAAUUCGUAAAUAGUAGUUUAAAGUACGAAAGCAGUUACUCCUAGUAGCAAUCUUAUCGGUACAUUUAAUUGUAAACAGUCGAUACCAUGUUGAGUAUUGUGACUGGUCCUUCCAGCCGGAUACUAUAACUGUCCUAACUUUACAGUAAUACUAGCUUCAUCUGGGUCGAGCUACUUGUUACUUGUAGUUUCGUGUUAAAGUAUGUUUACGUGUUCGUAAGGGGAUGUCUGAUACUGCCGGUUGCGUCGGCCACGUAUCAUUAGAAAGCUACGCCAUUGUGGCUCGUGCAUAAGGAGCGGCGCGUCGCAACUCGCUACGCGACAGUCGGCUCCUACGUUAGUUCGCACAGUUACGCCGCUCGAUUCGGUUGCAAUGUUCCAUUCACCUUAUUUGUCGGCGACGAGGUUCACUGACUUGAGCGCCGACCGACUAACUCCUCGGAACACGUCAUCUGCGUGCUAAUGCCGCUGUUUCAUCACCUACGGCCGAUCGGCGCAAAGUUCUUUAAAUUCUGUAGGUGUCCCGCAGCGCGGCCGCCGGGCGACCUCUUUUCGCGGGCGACAACGAAUGCGUCGCACGCCGUCCAUGCAGCGUUAUGUAAAGUCGAGAGCGGUGCAGCGGUGAGCGUUGCGCUCGACCGCGUGCGCGCCCCCCGCGUGCGUCUCCCUCCUCGCAAUUUCGUUCGCCGUCGGUUUCACUCGCCACGAGCGGCGGUGCGGGGUUCCGGAGGUCGCGCACCUCCCGCCUCCUCCACCCUCCUCGGAGACGGAGCCGGUCCGCGGUCCGCAGCGGCCACUCAGUCGUCGAGCGGAUUGCGUCGACGGCGGUCGGCUCCGCGCCUCGGCUGUCGCUGCCUAGUCUGAUGACCCGCUGUCACGUCAUGCCGACGCUGACAUUACUCGAGUGAAUCGCACCGCCCGCGUCGUCGCGUUUGCAAUAUACCGCCGGUCGCGCUUCCGUUUCGGGAGUCUUUAGUGAUUUCGCGGCUGCGUUUGCGACGGUCACGAACACACUCGUCGAGCUGACGACGUUGUGUCGAAAAUAGCAAAAUUUAUACGGCAUUUAAGAAAUGGUGAAUAAGUGAUUAAAUAACAAAUAAGUAAACCAAGUGACUAUUAAGGAUUUAAAAAUGAAUAGGACGCAAGUGAGACUAUGACACAGAACACUAGUAGUAGUUAGUUAAUGUAGUGGCCCAUUGUAGAAUGGGUAUACUUAUGGAAACCACCGAAGCGAAAGUGGGCACUGCCGGUUACCGGAGACGUCGCGUGCAGCCUGAACUGUUCGGCGCGAUGGCAGCUCCCGGCGAGUUCUACGCCGACACCCUGCACACCAUAGCCAUCAACACCAGGGAGACAGAAUUCGGAAGCAUCGUAGAACCGAUACCGAUCACGCUAAAGGCGUACAAGCAGUUCCAAGCUCACGGGCAUUCCAUUAACGGAUACGGGUUCCCGCAGCAGCAAAUGAUCACAUCCUUGGUGGCUGCUCCUCGGCUCCCAGAAGUGGAAAGACCUUCAACGUCCAGCUUUCGUCCAAGUCCCGUGAAGGAUGAAGUCAAAGAUGCUCAAAAAAUAACCCGACCUCCCAAGAAGAAGUGGAUAAAAGAGUAUCUAGAGGAGGAGCCGAAGUCGCCGGUGUCGGUGCGAGUGGUGACAGGGCUGCCGGUGACGCCGCGCAGCAACGGUGUCGUCCGGCCGACGUCGCCGGUGCCGGUAGCGCCCCCCUGCCUCCCCGCACCCGCACCGCCCGUCGUUGCGCUCGAGCCGGUCCUCACAGCGACCGUCCCUCCUCCCGCGCCCCUCCUCGACUUCGCACAAGAACAUUCCAGGCCGCGGACGACGAGUAUCAGUCAUGGGCCACCCCCAAUCCCUUCCCCUCCGUCGGUCAGCAGCAACGGCAGCGGCAGUGGCUGCAGCAACGGUAGCGGCAGCGGGGGCAGCAGUGGCAGCGCGCCCCGCGCCGGCACGCGAGAAGUGCACAACAAGCUCGAGAAGAACCGCCGAGCUCACCUCAAGGAGUGCUUCGAACUCCUCAAGAGACAACUGCCCGCCACGCCCGAUGAUAAGAAAACCUCCAACCUUUCUAUACUGGGCUCCGCUAUUAGAUAUAUACAGGUUCUUCGACGUAAGGAACGCGAUUGUGAGCACGAGAUGGAACGGCUAGCUCGCGAAAAGAUCGCAGCGCAACAGCGGCUCUCCGCCUUGAAAAGAGAGAUCUCGGUCCGAACAACUGUUCGCCCUCGCAGUAUCGAUUCAGCUGACGAUAAAAGUAUGGACGAAACUAUUAAUGGACCAGUUUUAGGAAUUCCUUUAAGUAUAUCAGCAUCGCCGCCACGUUCCGUUUCACGAAUGGAAACGUCACCUCCGCGUACUCUAAACCUAAGCACGAAGUUGCGUACGCUGCCUAUACAAAUCACACCCACUACCUCGCAGGUUGUGAGGACAUCGUAUGGGACGAGACCCAAUACUUUGACACUUACAACACUUGCGCCGGCAGAUACUUCUACACAAAAUGGGCAGACAACCGUAGAAAAUGGCGUAACGAACGCGCUCAGCACAUUAGUACAUCCAGCUCAAAUACAUUUGCCUAUCUCACAAGUGGUCGGCAGCAGUGGCUUAGUGGUUAGUCCCGCGGCAUUACAGCUGUUGUCUACUAGCAGCGGGCUGCGGGUGCUACAAGGUCCUGUUCAUACUAAUGGUGUGACAACAACCACAGUGGAAAGUAGGAUAUCAACGUUAACUAAGGAAAACGGAUUAGUUUCCCCCACGCCGGUGUCUACGACAACAGACGGCAGCGUGGUAGUGAACGGGUUGACGCCGCUGGUGGUGUCACAGCCCGCCGCGCAUUUGUUACAAACGCACACCCUUACACAUAAGGACAAGACGUGUAAAGACUCGCGGUCUCAGCGAGCGGCGCGGCGCCCGUACGCGCGGCCCGAGCUGCCGCCGCACCCCACGCAGCGCGCCUCCACGCCGCGACACCUCGAUAACUCGUAUAUUAAUUUCCUCGAGAUGGUAGAGACGCAGAUGGUGAAGGGCAGCGUGGCGCCGCUGACGGUGAGCGCGCAGUACCUGUCGGCCACCACCAUCGUGAAGCCCGUGGUGGUGGUGUCGGCGCCCGGGCCCGCGCCCUCGUCGUGAGCCCGGCCGCGCCGCCCGCGCGCUCUGCCCGCCUGGUACCCGCCGCCGCCCGCUGCGCAGGCCCGGUGAUACCUCGGUGUCAUACGAUCGGGAUCAAACUCUUCGCUAGUCUUCUAUCGAUGGCCAGGAAUGCCAUACACUGCCAAAGUUAACUUGAAGCAAUAAAUCAGUUAUACGUAUCUUAAUGCCCCAGAAGAUGAUCACCGAGCUUGAGAUGAAGACCCCAGUGUCGGUCAGUGAGUCUACCUCGCCUAAACACGACGACCAUUCUCCGUGGAACAUGAGACGGGCGGACGGGCGAUGUCGGUACUGACAUCCUUGUCACACUGCAGUUUUAUUAAUAUGUGCGAAAGAGAUGAGUAGACGCCGAUGUGUGUCCGGAACGCGGAACGCGCGUCUUAUGUUAAGACCGCGCGAAUGUAUAAAAUGUAUUUAUGCAAUGCCUACUAAUAAAUACUAUAGUGGUCGUUUAUUUCAAAGACGGUGUGAGCAAAGUGACAAUGUGUGAUGGACUUCAGUGGAUAUCAAUAACCGAGUAAAUCCGCGUCAUAUUUUUGUACUAGAUAACGUUUUCGCAUUGUGAUCGAAUUGAACAAUAAUUUGAAUGGAUGUAUAAAUUAUUUAUUAACUUUUAUUUAUUGUUUAAAGUCAAUAUAAGAAUCAAGUUUGUGUAGAAUCAAAAAUGGAAUGGAGCGGAUGCCUGCGAGUGAGUGGCAGCGAGUUGUCGGCACGUGUAACAUCACUUGGCUUAGCACACGCGGCCGCGGCUGUGACGUCACGCUGCCAGCGCGGUGUGGCACAGAUUUAGAACAUGUUUACUGUUCAUUUCUGAGUCGCGCGUGUCAACUGAGCGCUGAUGUCACAGAGUGAACGUUUAUGCUAAGCUCAUCAUGACCCCCAUUCAAUAUUAAUUAGCAAAUCUGGUUCAAUAUACGAUAGAAAGGAAUCCCUCUGUGAAAUAUAAUAUUAGGCUAAAAUGUACUUGUUAUGUAUAGAACUAACAAGAUAAAGUUUAUUUUUUCUAUAUCUGUGAUGUGUGCAGUUAGGUACCGUAGUUAUGGAAACUCUGUACAAAGACCUCUUUAGAUGUUGUCAAUUUCUAACAGUUGUGUAUAAUGUCGUUAAGGACAUAUUGGAAUUAAUUAAUUAGCUAAUAAAUAAAUAUGUGGCUUAUAUUUGUCGCGUAAUGCAAUAUGUACUUGGUAACACCUUUUGUGAUAAGUGGGCAUUGCACCCGGAGACCGGAAGUUCUGAGCAAUUUUAAUAAUAGAACAUGUAGACUCGUGCUGUCCUGCUCAAAUGUUUAUUUUACAGUACCGUGUGAUGAAAUGGCACUAUUUGUUACUUCAUUUUAUUUGUAAGGUUAGAUUUACGACCAAGAUAGCUCUUGUUGUUUAUGUUGUCCUGGUCGUCGGAACAAGGUCUGGCCGGGUUGCAUGGGCCUGGUGGCCGUCCUCACUGUGUGCCUACUAACUGAUGUAAGGAAAAAGAGUUGUUAUUAUUAAUGGUCAAGUCGCAAAGUGAACUUAUAAGUCUGUUCUACUUACUCAAUGUUAUGUACAAAAUUAAAUUCAAUCCUUCGUUAUAAAACAGGUAAUGUUGACAGUUCGAGUUCGCGAUCUUAAUAUAUUUUUGGACUCAUUGAAUACUAAAAGAAUUCUCCUAGAAAUUAAUUAACAAUUAUCAGUUAUUGAAGUGUUUUUAAUCUGUUGAGAUCGCGUAUAGCUUAUUAAUCGUUAGUGCAUAUGAAACGAUUACGUUUAUUCUAAGACAAUAGGAUCAAAGAAUGGCGAGAGGUGGGAUCACGAUGAUCUGUGACCUAAUUGUGCCAACAUUAGCUGUUAUUGUUGAGAUACUGUAGUUGCAGUUCGUUUAUUUAUUGUCUAUAGGACAGCAUAAUAUGUUAAAAGUUUUUCGAGGGCGUAAUUAAGAACAUAGUGAAACUCUGCUUUAAGUAUAUGUCUUUUGCGGUCGUAUUGUGACGUUUUAAGUAAAACCUUCAUUGUUUUCAUGGAAGACGGAUCAGCUAUUUGAUAAGGCUUAUCUGUUUUACAACGAAACAAUUUGAACUCUAUUACGUCACGAUACGGUCGCAAAUCAUUAAACAAGUUCAUUUGUAAGAUUAUAUGAAUGCCUAAUUAUAUUUAACGUAGGUAUUCAUAAAAUUAAGUGUUCAUGUAUGAAGAGCGUUUUUCUUUAUAUUGUUGUAAGACUUACGCCCUUGAGCGAAUACUAUAAUGUAAGAAACUGUUUGUAAAAUAAUACAUGUUAUCACGAAUCGAGCUUUAAAAAUCCAAUUACAUAUAGUGCAAUAUCAAAAAAUUUGCUAAUCGAUAUUUUUGCAAAAAUAUUAGUUUCGUGAUUGUACUUGUCAAUCUCUUAAUAUUUAACAAAGAAACUGGGCCAAUUCUUUUAAUACUUACAUUAUAAAGUCAUAAGUUCUUCCUUUGGAUUAAAUUAUUGUCGAUAUAAGAGUAUCCCAAAUGUUCUAUAAUUUUUUACUGUCGCGUCCUUUCCUCAGUACAACGGGAUGGUAACAGAAUUCUAGAGCUUUUCGGUAAAAAAAGGUUUAUAAAUAAGAUUAUACAUAUUUAAUAAAAAAAAACAUUUCGGAAAUUGUUGAUUGGCUGUGAUGUUUUACCUACAAAGUUUCGGACAGUUUCCGUUAACAUAAACAUGAAUAUUUGCUAAAAAUCACUAAUACAUAAGCUCACAAAUAAAUAAAUCUAUCUAUCGUAUAAUUUUGUUAUCAUUUAAAGCGAAUGCCUUUCCCAGCGCCAUCUGUGUCGCGCUUACUGUAAACUGAGAACCCAAGGCCCGCUCCUAUCUAGAUUCUAUUUUUAAAAUAUAUAAAAAAAAACAGUAUUUUUUUCUAAUGCUUUUGAUAUGCGAAAAGUUUGUCACUUUGCCUAAGAAUAGGUGAAAUAAAAAUGUAUAAAUAAUAUAAAUAAAGAGAGAAAAUUAUUUUAGUUGUAAUAAUAUUGUGAAGCGAUAAUGCUCAUGUAAAUAAUGAAGUAGUGUAUAAAACUAAUAUGUUAGAAAUACACAGGAAAUUACAUAUAAAA